GGAUGACUCGAAAUCCCCAACUGUCUACAUAGAGGACCAGUCAACCGUAGGUGCAUACAUGGCUUUAUGUGUUGGUGUCUGGUCGGUGGUGGCAAACAGCCUCCCGCUAGCAGCCAUAGUCAAGUACGAACAGCUCCACACGCCUGUCUACAUCCUCAUGGCUAACCUGGCGGUAAGUGACGUCUUAGUAGGCAUACAAUUCGUAAUUCGGAGUAUUGCUCUGUUGGCCUACAAAAGUACGCAGUCUCUUCCGUCCAAUACCGCGGUACGCCUUUCCUCCACCUCAACCCUCGUUUUUGGCAUGUCCUCCGCCUACGGUCUGCUGGCCCUGACGGCUGAGCGCUACUGGUUCAUCGUACAUGGGAUGACCUACGUCAACAACGUCGACAACGGCAAGUGCAAGGUCGUGGUCUUGAUCGUCUGGGUGUGGUCAGUCCUGCUGGGGAUGCUACCCAACUUCGGCUGGCACUGCGCAAGUCCUACCGAGGAAGGAUGCAGCCCGACAGGAGGAGGAUUGCCUCACGGCUACAUAGUCCUCAUCCAGGCGUCCAUUGUCAUCGCCAUGGCGGGAAUCAUCCUUCUCAACACCGGUGUGUUCUGGUGCCUGUGGAAGCACAUGAACGCCAUCGCUGACCAACAAGCCGCAGUGGGCGCCGAGUCGGGUACAAGCAGAAGAUCCGCCAUCACAAUCGUCAUCAUCACUGCGAUGUUCCUGGUGGGAUGGCUACCAGCAAUCAUAAAAAUGGCCUAUCCUACUGAAGCCAGCAACAUCUAUGCUGUCUUCGUAAUCUUGAACUCGGCAAUCAAUCCUAUCAUCUACGGAUUUCGACUGUCGGAGGUUCGUCGUAGCGUUGUGCGGCUCUUCGCGAACUGUAGCGGAAACGGAAACUAACUUUUCUCUGACACUCCCUGGCUUUGACCUUAGACUCUCCUACAACUCUGUUUUGUGAAGCAGGCUUAGCUGAGAAUAAGUAAGAAAAAAUUUUAACCUCAAAGUGCCAGAGAAUAACAAGAAAGAGAAAUCCAUUUCCCUAUGUUAUGUUUUACUCUUGUGGGUUGUCAGGGACAUUUAGUGUUGCCAUUGGUCUGCUGUUGACAUGUAACGCUAUAGAAUGGUUGUGAUGAAGAGCGUAAUGAUGUAUUCAGUUCAUUGGACAGAUCCAGAUCAUUUAGACUCAAUUGUACUCUGACGGUAAGUCUGAAUAACGUAAGACUAAAAAUAUGCACAAAAGCAACCUAAGGUAAAAGCUUGCCAGGCCUGCUCGGCUUGAGUUACAUGUUUCUC